UUCGGUUUGUUUCCCCUUUGUCUCUGGUUGAGUUUCCUUUUCCUGUUUGGUUUGAAAGAGAGUCUGAAAAUCAAGUUGCUGCCUUCAGAGGGUCUGUGGUCCUCUGGCCGGCACAGCCUAGUGGGAUAAAGGGCUCACCUCCUCGAGGCUCCUUGUGCUAAAGCCUUCAGCCAUGGCCACGGGUGAACAGAGUAUCUGCCAAGCCCGGGCUUCCGUGAUGGUCUACGAUGACACCAGUAAAAAAUGGGUACCAAUUAAACCUGGCCAGCAGGGAUUCAGUAGGAUCAACAUCUACCACAACACUGCCAGCAACACCUUCCGAGUCGUUGGAGUCAAGCUACAAGACCAGCAGGUUGUGAUCAAUUAUUCAAUCGUGAAAGGGCUGAAGUACAAUCAGGCAACACCAACCUUCCACCAGUGGCGAGAUGCCCGCCAGGUCUACGGCUUAAACUUUGCAAGUAAGGAAGAAGCUACCACGUUCUCCAAUGCAAUGCUGUUUGCCCUGAGCAUCAUGAAUUCCCAGGAAGGAGGCCCCUCCACCCAGCGACAGGCCCAGAAUGGCCCUUCUCCCGACGAGAUGGACCUCCAGAGAAGGCAAGUGAUGGAGCCACAGCAGCACCAGCAGCAGCGCCAGGAGUCUCUGGAGAGAAGGACCUCGGCCACAGGGCCCGUCCUCCCACCAGGACACCCUUCAUCUGCAGCCAGCGCGCCCCUCACGUGCAGCGGGCCGCCACCUCCACCCCCACCCCCUGUCCCACCUCCCCCCUCUGGAGCCACCCCACCUCCCCCACCCCCACUGCCAGCGGGUGGAGCCCCAGGGACCAACCACGACGAGGGCUCCGUGUCAGGACUGGCUGCAGCCCUGGCUGGGGCCAAGCUGAGAAGAGUCCAGAGGCCAGAAGAUGCAUCUGGAGGCUCCAGUCCCAGUGGGACCUCAAAGACUGACGCCAGCCGGGCGAGCAGCGGGGGUGGUGGAGGAGGCCUCAUGGAAGAAAUGAACAAACUGCUGGCCAAGAGGAGAAAAGCAGCCUCCCAAACAGACAAGCCAGCCGAUAAAAAGGAAGAUGAAAGCCAAACGGAAGACCCUAGCACCUCUCCAUCGCCGGGCUCCCGGGCAGCCAGCCAGCCCCCCAACUCCUCAGCAGAGGCCGGCCGGAAGCCCUGGGAGCGGAGCAACUCGGUGGAGAAGCCCGUGUCAUCACUGCUGUGCAGAACCCCGUCUGUGGCAAAGAGCCCCGAAGCUAAGAGCCCCCUUCAGUCGCAGCCUCACUCUAGGGUGAAGCCCGCCGGCAGCGGGAGCGACGCAGCCCUGGACGCCUUCGACGUGGACCGGAUGAAGCAGGAGAUCCUGGAGGAGGUGGUCCGAGAACUCCACAAAGUGAAGGAGGAGAUCAUCGAUGCCAUCCGGCAGGAGCUGAGUGGGAUCAGCACCACGUAAUGCCGCGGGCACCGCCGCCAGCCCCGGGCCGAGGACAGCGCCCCACCGACGGCGAGGACGCGGCGGAGCAGCCCGGCAGCCUGGGCUCGGAGGCGCUUUGUUUAAGUCUUAACCUCUGAGGAUAUGUUAAAAAUGAGGGAAAAAGUUCAAUUCCUGGAUUUUUUAGAUUCUACCUGACGCAAAACACCGGGUCUACGUGUCUUUUUUUGUAUUUUAUAUUUGCUUAUUUAAAUGUAUAUCUCUCGGUUUCUAGAAGGAGGACACGUCCUUAGGUGGCUCCAGGCUCCCUCUGUUAGUGCCCUAGCAGGCGGUGGCGGUUGCCCCUGGUGGCAGAGCUGUCCUCACGCACUUCCUUCCCCGGCGGUCAUGGUGAAAGCUCCGUCCGCGCACCGCGGUGUCUGUCCACGUGGGUAAUAAACUGUUUUCUGUCCACA